AUGUCAAAAGUAGGAAGAAUGAAGUUGGGUUCACAAGGCAUGGAAGUGUCCUUACAAGGACUUGGUUGCAUGAGUAUGUCUGCUUUCUAUGGUCCUCCUAAACCUGAAUCCGACAUGAUUGCUCUCAUCCAUCAUGCCAUUCAAUCUGGUGUCACUUUUCUUGAUACUUCUGAUGUCUAUGGACCUCACACCAAUGAAAUCCUUCUUGGAAAGGCUUUGAAGGGAGUGAGAGAGAAAGUUGAACUGGCUACUAAAUUUGGAGUGAGAGGAGGUGAUGAGAAGUUUGAGAUCUGUGGUGAUCCAGCUUAUGUGAGAGAAGCUUGUGAGGGUAGCUUGAAGAGACUUGAUAUUGAUUCUAUUGAUCUCUACUAUCAACAUCGUAUUGAUACUCGUAUUCCAAUUGAAGUCACGAUUGGAGAGCUCAAAAAACUAGUUGAAGAGGGAAAAAUAAAAUACAUUGGUUUGUCUGAGGCGUCAGCUGCAACAAUCAGAAGAGCACAUGCUGUUCAUCCAAUAACAGCUGUGCAGUUGGAGUGGUCAUUAUGGUCAAGAGAUGUCGAGGAAGAAGUUAUUCCAACUUGCAGGGAACUUGGUAUUGGAAUUGUUGCAUAUAGUCCUCUUGGGCGAGGAUUCUUUUCGUCGGGGCCAAAGUUGCUUGAGACCUUGUCACAGGAUGAUUACCGGAAGGAUUUGCCUAGAUUUCGACCUGAAAACCUACAGCAGAACCAAACUAUAUUUGACAAAGUUAAUGAACUGGCUUCAAAGAAAGGGUGUACUCCACCUCAGCUUGCACUAGCCUGGCUUCAUCACCAAGGAAACGACGUGUGCCCGAUACCUGGAACAACAAAAAUUGAGAACUUGAAUCAAAACAUAGGGGCUUUAUCGGUUAAACUGACUCGAGAAGAAUUGGCAGAAAUUGAGUCCUUAGCAGAUGCUGUUAGGGGUGAUAGAUAUGGGGAUGAUAUAAGCACAUGGAAGGAUUCUGAUACUCCACCACUCUCUUCAUGGAAUGCUGCACAAUGA